GUUGGUCAAUGCCGGUUGCGUCCAUAAUCUCCAUUCGGACGGUCGGAGUUGGCGCGGCCGUGAAGGAUUCUCUCCUCGCCCACAGAAGCCUCACCGCAAAGUAUUCCCUCGUCGCCACAAAAGCCUCAUCAGAGUGCAAUUGGGACUUGCACUCUCUGCUCCGAAUCUGCGCCGCAAGCAGCCAUCGCCGCUGGCAGCCAGUUCCAGUAUGCGCCGUAGACACGGCGUAGAGUGCGUACGGUAGUUGAAUUGUAAAAAACACGCCAUGCAUAUAGUACGUGCAGAAAAGGCGGCGGAUCGAUGCACGCCCCCGUCGCAAUGCUGCUUGCAAUACUGCUUGCAAUGCAUCGACGGCGAUGAAACGCGGUUUGGCGAGCAGCGUCGUCGUGAAUCGUCGCCUCGAGUCCGCGACAUCCAUAGUAGCGACGUCAGAACGAAGAUCAUGCCUGCCAAAAAUAAGUCAAUCGGAACUUGCAGUCUUGAAGACAUGGACAGGGCGAGGACGAGGGCAACUUGCAAGGUGGGGAAUCCAUCGCCAAGAAGGUGCUAGAACGGCUGGCCUGUGCUUCCGGCUUCGGUGCCUAACGGUGUCGGGACUCGACGAGUCACGACGGCUUUUAUUAGAUGCCCGGUAUCGAAUAGCCGCCUGCCUUACUUGCGCCAGCCAACCAGACGCCCGUGUGGGGACCGAAUCCGCACAACGCGUCCCAACCCGGCCACACGAAACCAACAGCUGCUCGCUGGCAGCUCCUGGCCUCAUCCCCAUGCCCAUCCCCCUCCUCAUCCUCCAGGGCGAAACGCUGGAACGCGGACGGCAGACUGAUGGGCGGUGUGAUGUGAUUCCUGCAGGUACAGACCCGGCCCAUGCUGGGAUCCAUUGGCGGUUUCGCCGCCCUUUCUUCUCGCUCGACGUCUCGAUGCUGGAUGUUCCUCACCCCCUCGAUUAUUGGCCGCAGACGGGUGGCUGUAUAUAUUGCUUAAUCUCCGCUGUUUGCUGCAUGUUUCCUUCCUCCUCCUCAUAAGCCAGACAUACCACCGCACUGUGCAGCGAAGUUCUUUUUUUCCUUUCCUUUCUUUUCCGUUUCCGUCUUGUUUUUUUCCUUGCCUUCUUUCUUUACGCACAAUCGUUCUUUCAGCUCGGGAAGCUACAGACUUUUUCGUACACUCAGAGCCGGGCUCAUUUCAACAUUCCAUUUUAUUUCCUCCCCCAGUUGAUGUGCAUUUCCACAUCGUCCAUUCCUAAGCCAUCACGAGAGAUACGCUCGCUCAUACACACACAUACCUGACGAAAGAAAAAGAGAAAGA